GAUGUAAAACAAAUAAAUUGAGCUAUACGUAAACUUAAUACAUCGCACUGAACUAAACCAAAAUUAUGAAAUUUUAUUAUAUCCAACUCUCAGUACUUUUUGUUCAACCAUAAAAGGUGAAAGCUUUAAGCUUCUGUGUUUAACAAUGGCGGAGAUCAAGAUUGCAAAAGUAGAACAAAGGCAAACGAAGAUAAGGAAUGUUCCAGUAGCUGUAACUCCUGAAGGUUUCUGGUGUUGUCCUUCUCCUGUUGCGUUUCAAAAGACUCUUAAAUCUCACAACUCUCUCACCAAACACAAACAAUCUUCUCCUCCUCAACCUCCUAAACCGGAGAAGAAACCAUCGUCAACUACUAUUAGAUCCGUCAUUGCCUCCGAUGAAACUCAACAGAAUUUGGGUAGUUCAGACACCGUUCAUAGUAUUGCUGUUCCAGCGACGGUUCAAGAGAGACCACAGAGGCAAAAGGUUGAGACUUUACCAAGGAAAGUUGCUAUUGAGUUUGGUGAACCAGGAAGUAGUGAUGCUAAAGUGAUUUUGGUUGGGAAGCAAGGUUUUUGUGUGAAGCUGAGUGUUCAUAAGAAAGUUUUAGUUGAUCAUAGUUGUUUCUUUGCUAAGAAACUAGCUGAGAAAGAUUCUGUUUUUGCUUGUCUUGAGAUUGAGAGUUGUGAAGAUGCUGAGAUUUACGUUGAGACCAUUGGACUUAUGUAUUGUAAAGAUAUGAAGCAACGGCUUAUGAAACAGAAUGUUAGCAGAGUUCUUCGUGUCCUCAAGGUUGCAGAGCUUCUUGGUUUUAGUUUAUGUAUACAGUCUUGUUUGGAUUACUUAGAAGCUGUGCCAUGGGUUGGGGAAGAAGAAGAGGAGAAAGUGAUCUCAUCGAUUCUUAGAUUAAAAACCGAAGGAGUUGGUGUCACGCCUGUUCUCAAACGAGUUGCUUCUAGUGCUGUGGAUCCACCAAAGGAGACGCUAUCACGCAUUAUCGAGCUUGUUUUAAGAAGCAAAGAGGAAAAAAGUCGGCGUGAGAUGAAAUCUAUUGUCCUGAAGCUUCUUAGGGAACAGAAUGGAGCCAAUGUAGCUGAUAACUUCAACGAGACAAUCUAUUCCUCUUGCCAAAACUGCUUAGACUCGGUUUUGUCUCUGUUUAGAGAAGCUUGUGUGGGAGAGAAACCUGAGACUGAUACCAAACAGAUUGCUGUAGAAGCGGAUAACCUCACGUGGUUGCUUGAUGUAUUAGCGGAAAGACAAGCUGCAGAGGAAUUCUCAAUCACAUGGGCAAACCAAAAGGAGCUCGCUUUGUUACACGAGAAGCUUCCUUUAAUGUCGCGUUACCACAUAAGCCGUGUAACAUCUCGACUCUUCAUAGGGAUUGGGAGAGGAGAAUUGUUGCCUUCAAAAGACACUCGGCUUUUGCUGUUGACCACAUGGUUGCAACCGUUGUUCAAUGACUAUAACUGGCUCCAACAUGGUUGCAGAUCGUUUGAUGGUAAACUAGUGGAGGAAGGUAUUGGUCGGACGAUACUGACAUUGCCAUUGGAAGAUCAGCAGAGCAUUUUGCUGUCGUGGCUCGGGAGUUUUCUAAACGGAGGAGAUGGAUGUCCGAAUCUUCAGAGAGCUUUCGAGGUUUGGUGGAGACGAUCUUUCAUUAGACCUUACUCAGAUCGUCAAGCUAAUGGUUCGUGUCAAACAGAAUCGACUUCAAAAGAGUGACUAUAAAAAUGCUGAGUAAUCUUUGUUAGAUUGUAUAGUGCAUAAUGUAGCUAUGGAAUGUGUUGGUUUGCUGAUCUUGAUUUCCGGUUUGGUUUUGUUUGGUUUAGAUCGUAUCAUGGAAGAGGCAAUGUCUUGCAAGCUUUUUUAUUGGUCGAUUUUUUUCUUGAUGUUUUGUAUUUUUCAGUUUUCAUAGUGAUGUAUGUAUAUUUCUGAUUCGAAUUUUUAUUACAUUUUAAAUGUUUUGGUUUUUAUAAUGAUCAAUUUGUUAUUAAAUAAUUGAUGUGUAU